CCGGCUCCAGAUUCUAAAUAGGAGGGCGUCGAGUCGGUGGUCGAAGCUAGCCUCUUCGUCCCCCACCACCCCUUCCCUUUCCAGGGCAACAUGCCUGCAGACAACGGCACCCCUUGGGGAUCCGCAGCGGGGGAGGUCUGGGCGGGUUCAGGAGUAGAGGUGGAGAGCCCAGAGCUGCCCACCUUUUCAACUGCAGCCAAGGUCCGAGUAGGAGUGACCAUUGUACUGUUUGUUUCUUCAGCUGGAGGGAACCUGGCUCUGCUGUGGUCAGUAACGAGGCCACAACCCAGCCAGUUCCGCCCCUCUCCAGUGCGGCGACUCUUUGCCCAUUUAGCAGCUGCCGAUUUACUGGUCACUUUUGUGGUUAUGCCCCUAGAUGCCACCUGGAAUGUCACUGUCCAGUGGCUGGCCGGGGACAUCGCAUGUCGGACGCUCAUGUUCUUGAAACUAGUGGCCAUGUAUGCUGCAGCUUUCCUGCCUGUGGUCAUUGGCCUCGACCGCCAGGCGGCAGUACUGCGCCCGCUUGGACCCCGCUCGACUGGAAGGAAACUUCUGGGAGCAGCCUGGGGACUUAGUUUCCUGCUUGCCUUGCCCCAGCUGUUCCUGUUUCACACUGCCCACCGGGCUGGGCCAGUCCCCUUCACUCAGUGUGUCACCAAAGGCAGCUUCAAGGCUCACUGGCAAGAGACCACGUAUAACCUUUUCACCUUCUGCUGCCUCUUUCUGCUCCCACUGACUGCCAUGACCAUCUGCUAUAGCCGCAUUGUCCUCAGUGUAUCCAGUCCAGGGACAAGGAAGGGGAACCAUGCCCAUGCCGGUGAAUUUGCCCUACGUCGCUCCUUAGACAACCGGCCUCGUGUUCGUCUGCGGGCCCUGCGACUGGCCUUGCUUGUUCUGCUGACCUUCGUCCUCUGCUGGACACCUUAUUAUCUGCUGGGCCUGUGGUACUGGUUCUCUCCCAACAUGCUAACCAAAGUUCCUCCCAGCCUCAGCCACAUCCUUUUCCUCUUUGGCCUUCUGAAUGCUCCUCUGGAUCCUCUCCUCUAUGGAGUCUUCACACUUGGCUGCCAAAGAGGGCACCAUGAACUGAGCAUAGACUCCUCCAGGGAAGGAGGAUCUGGAAGAAUGACCCAACAGGAGAUUCACGACCUUAGACAGCUGGAAAUACAAGAAAAGGUGGCAGCAGGAGAAACAAUAGAGACAUCCCUGUAACAUCCAUUUGCUCAGGACAGAGUAUAUAAAGAACAGAGCAAUUCUUUAAAACCAUGAAACUACCUUACUUCUACCCCUGCCUGCUCCUGGGAGUAUCU